GGAAGAAGAGAGCGAGAGACAGAGGAAGGAGGAAGGAGAAACAGGAGUAAAAUAGAAAGGAAGCAGAAAAAGAGAAAAACGUGAGGAAUAAAGGAAGACGGAGCGAAAGAUAAGAGAAACAAAGUGAGUGACAGAGAGAGAGAGAGAGAGAGAGAGUCGGUUAGUGUGAGUGUUCUGCGAUGCAUUUCGAGGAGAUCCUAGAGGAGGUUGGUGGGUUCCACCGGUUCCAGUUUCUGGUUCUGCACAUCCUGAGUAUCCCGCGCGUCAUCCUGCCGCUUCACUUCCUGCUGCACAACUUCAUCUCCGCCGUGCCGCAGCACCGCUGCGCCCUCGCUCACCUGGACCACAGGUACGCUGACCCCGGCCCCCGGCUCCUCCCCCGAGACCCCGACGGCUCCCCCAGCUCCUGCAGGCAGUUCCCUGAGCCGGAGAACUUCAACUCCAGUGGAACCGGAUCUAACGAGUCAGUGCCCUGUCAGCACGGCUGGACAUACGACAGGACGCUCUUCAACUCCACGACCGCCACCGAGUGGGAUUUGGUGUGUGACAGUAAAAACCUGAACCAGGCUCUGGCGACCUUCUUCUUUCUGGGAGUGAUGAUGGGGGCGGUGCUGUUCGGUUACCUGGCUGACAGGUUUGGUCGUAAGCCAAUGUUGUUGGUGUCGUUCGUGUCCAGCUGUGUUUUUGGAGUGGCUGCUGCGUUCUCCACCUCCUUCCUGAUGUUUGCUGUCAGCAGAACACUGAGUGGAGUAGCUCUGACGGGAAUGAGCAUCACCACACUCGCCCUAACUGUAGAGUGGACUGGAGUAAAUCACCGUACGUUCAGUGGGACGAUCCUGAGUUUGGGUUGGAGUUUGGGGAACAUGCUGCUCGCUCUGCUCGCUUUUCUCCUAAGAGACUGGAGGCACCUCAUGCUGGCGGUGACCGCACCCUGCCUCGCUGCUAUCGCCACCUGGUGGUGGGUUCCUGAGUCGGCCCGGUGGCUGCUGGUGAACGGGAGAGUGGAGGAGGCUCAGCAGGUUCUGCAGCGGUGCGCCAGGAUCAACCGCAGGACCCUCAAACUGGACAUAGAGGCUUUGCACAAAGUCACAAUGAAUGAGCAGCCCAGUAAAGAGCACUCAUACCUGGACCUGGUGAGGACACCCAAACUGAGGAAGAUCACCAUCUGCUUAGGAAUCGUCUGGUUUGCAGUUGCGUCCACGUAUUACGGGAUCAGCUUCAACAUCACCGGCUUCGGACUCAACGUCUUCCUCACUCAGUUCAUCUAUGGAGCCAUCGAAAUCCCCGCGAAAGUGGGCACCUACUUGCUGCUGGAUCACAUCGGCCGGAGAAACGGUCAGGCAUGGUCACUGAUCCUGUCUGGAGUGCUGAUCGGGGUCAACACCGCCAUUCCUACAGACUAUGCAGGUGUGCGUACAGGUGUAGCCGUGUGUGGUAAAGGAUUCUCUGAAGCAGCGUUCACCAUCGCCUUCCUCUACACCGCAGAGCUGUUUCCCACAGUCGUUCGGCAGUGUGGUUUGGGCUACACCUCCUUCCUGGGCCGUUUGGGAGGGUCCAUGGCCCCCCUGCUCAUCAUGCUGAAAGACGUGUGGAGCUCCGCCCCCCCACUGGUGUUCUCCCUCGUGGCCGUUGUUAGCGGCUGUGUGGUCUUCCUGCUGCCCGAAACGCUCCGAGUUCGACUGCCCGAGACCAUCCAGGACGUGGAGCAGGACCGGAACGCGCUGACGGAGACGGAGAUGAGCGAGAUGAGCGAGAUGAACUCCAGGCCACUCGUUUCACACCAGGAGGAAAACUGAACCUUCCAGACAGAAGACCAGGACGGAGAACCUCAUCACUGUUAGAAGAGAACCUGCAUCUCCAUUCCUGACGUUCUUUGACUGUAAGAGCUGCUGAACUGAACACUGAGUGGGUCAAUGAUUAACUGACUAAUGGAGUAUAACAGAUCUGGAGCCCCCUGGUGGCCACACUGCUGAAAAUCACCUUUAGAACCAUAGGAUUAAAACCUGGAGGUGCUGCUUUCUAAUGGGAAUUAGCUUAAUGGUGACCCAUUAAUAGAAGAGACCACUAGUUUUAAGUAGAACACCUUUAGAUCCCAUUAGGAGUCUGGAGAACCCAGAACACCAUUACUGACUAUUGGACAUCAGCAGGAACCUUUAAUGGGUUCUACAAUGUUUUUCAGCAGCUCAGUCGGUACAUUAGAGCUCAAUAGAACCUUUAUUUUUCCUGUAAAUGUAAUAUUUUGGUGAUUUUGUGAGGUUCUGUUCUGACAGUGAUGAUGAACAGCACUGAUAAUGCGCACACUCAGUAACUGGUGUGUUUUACAGUGAGUGCAGUGUUGCGCAGUGUUUUGGUAAAGUGUAAAUUUGUCUCCUUACAAAUUAAAAGUCUUUCAGUCUCAGGUUUGAUGAUAUAAAGGCUGAACUGGCAGUGAGUUUCUGAUUUAAUUUGACAUUAAAAACCCCUGGAAACUGAA